AUGAUUUCACUGCUAAUGAACGCAGCAGAGUUGGCAUUCUUUGUUCUUGUUGCUUUAAUAGCAUUCCUCAUCUGGAGAUCUCUUCUUCACUAUGUUCUUGGUCCUCUUGACUUGAGAAAGUAUCCGGCCCCUAGCUUCCUUGCAGCAACCACUGAAUUCUGGAUCCUCAAGGAGACAUGGCUCCAGCGACGCUCCAGAAGUAUCCAUCAUCAGCAUGAAAGACUUGGCGAUGUCAUCCGAAUAGCACCUAGUCUCAUCAUCUUCAAUAUCCCGGAAGCCGUACCAGACAUAUAUGGCCAUGCUGCAGCUCGAAAGUUUGUGAAAGACACUGUUUAUGACAAGAUUGCUGGCGAAGAGCGCGAUAUUGUCAACGUCAUUGAUCAUGGUGAUCAUUCUCAGCGAAGGAAAUACCUUUCCAACUCAUUCUCCCUCAAAACUGUUACAGAUAUGGAACCUGUCAUCAGGCAGAAUUUACAGAGAUUACUGAACCACUUGGAUGAUGUUGCGGCCCAGAACACCAACAUCCCUUUCAGUCAGACACUAGAUAUUCGGCGAUGGUUUAACUACUUCACUUUGGAUGUCAUCGGGGAUAUGGCUUUUGGCCUCCCUCUGGGCUUCUUAGCAGGGCCAGGUCACGAUGGAAUCGUCUCAUACCAUUCUGCUAAAGACCUUCCAUAUUUGAGAGCAUGUAUUGACGAGUCGUUGAGACUUCGACCCCCAAUUGCCUACGCUUUGCAACGUCUUGUGGUUUCUCCUGAAGGCGCCAUUAUAGCGGGCCAUCACAUAAAACAAGGCACGACUGUUGCAGUUUCACCAUGGACUAUUCACCGGAACAGGAAACUGUAUAAGAACCCUGAUGAAUUUGAUCCUGAGCGGUGGUUUGACCCAGAGCAAUUGUCCAAUCUCAGAAGGCACUACAUCGUCUUUAGUCAGGGACCGCGUCAAUGCCUUGGCAGGCACAUUGCGAUUGUUGAAUUGCAGAUAUUGAUUUCAACCCUGGUACGGAGAUACAGCAUGUACUUGGCGGACCAAGAGAUGGGCUUCGUCAUCUUUGAUCGAUUCAAUUCGAACCCUGGACCCCUUCCUGUCAAGGUGGAGCGGCGGGUAUUUGUGGACUAG